AUUAGUUGAAGGGGAAAAAAAAGUUGAAAACGGAAGAAUGAGCAGGCAAAUGAGAAUGAGCAUAAAUGAUAGCGUUGCCUAAAUUUAUAACAACGCUGAUGCACAGAAUACCGAUGGCGGGAAACGCAGAAGAACCGCCGCCGCCGACGGUGGCGGCGGAGGAGGAGGAGACGGAGAACUUGGUGGCGGAGCUAGGCUCGUACAAGGGCCGGGUCAGAUUAGUAAGCGAUUGUGAAGAAGAAAUUAUGCUGCUCUGGGCAAUCCAGCAGCCCAUUUUCUCCAAGAACAAUGCUUUUGUCAAUCAAUCAUCUCUUCAACUCAAAAUCGAUGCUUGCGGCCAUUUGCUCUCCAUUCUCCAGUCCCCAUCUUCUCUGGGCACUCCUGGAGUAACUGGGGCUGUGAUGUGGGACAGUGGCAUUAUUCUUGGGAAGUUCUUAGAGCAUUCUGUUGAAUCUGGAAUGAUUUUGCUUCAAGGGAAGAAUGUUGUUGAGUUGGGCUCCGGCUGUGGAUUAGUUGGCUGCAUUGCUGCUUUAUUGGGAGCUCAUGUAAUUCUGACCGACCUGCCUGAUAGACUGAAGCUACUGAAAAAGAAUGUCGAAACCAAUCUUUAUGGAGACCCUAGAGGGUCUGCAAGGGUGGAAGAACUAACAUGGGGAGAUGAUCUUGACAAAGAUUUCACUGACCCUUUACCUGAUUUUGUGCUUGGCUCAGAUGUUGUAUACAGCGAAGGAGCUGUAACGGAUCUGAUGGAAACACUUGUAGAACUCUGUGGGGAGCAAACCACUGUCAUCUUGGCUGGAGAGCUUCGCAAUGAUGCCAUCCUCGAAUACUUCUUGGAAGCCGCAAGUAAAGAGUUCAUUGUUGGGCGAGUUGAUAAAGAACAAUGGCAUCCAGAUUAUUGCAGUUCACGUGUUGCCAUAUAUGUUUUGGUGAAGAAAUAGAAAGAUUGAACAAGUCAUGUUUAAGAGAACCUUGCGUCUUUUGGCUCGAUAUAUAACACUCGUUUAGUUCACAAGGGGCCAACUCAGCAAUUGCCCGAGAACUUCUGGUGUAACCUAACUGCCUGGUGACAUGCUCGUUCCUACCUACUGUGGAUAAGCUUACUCGAGUAUAAGUUUUGGUGAUUUUUGUUCAAUUGUGACUUGUGAGUAGUCUGCUGCCAGUUUUAGUUUCUGUAAGUCAAUAUAGAACAGCGUCUUCUUGGUUAGCCUUUUAAAUACUUGUUCUAUUGAUGAACGAUCCAUGCCCGUUGCAUUCCAUUUGGUGGCUCCGAAUAAUGGGUUUGUGCUGCGUAGAUGAAAUACUACCUCUGUGCCACAAUGCCAAUGAAACUAGGUUGUAUAUUGUAAAUGAGCUGAGCUACUUGAUCUCGACUGUAUAUAUAAAGGUCAUGUCGCCAAUUGAUAUGGAGUCA